AUGGACUUCUCCAUGGAAGCGGCCAGGGAGCUCGGCCUCCCCUAUGUCCAGCUGUGGACCUCCAGCGCCGUCAGCUACGUCGGUGUCCGCCACUACCGUCUCCUAUUCGAACGUGGCCUCGCACCGAUUAAAGAUGUCAAGCAGCUGACAAACGAGUACCUUGACACACCGGUGGAAGACGUGCCGGGCAUGCGGAACAUGAGGUUCAGAGACUUCCCGACCUUCAUACGCAGCCCGGCCUCGGACGACUACAUGCUGCAUUUCGCGCUCAGCAUUGCGGAGCGCGCGGUCGGCGCGUUGGCGAUGAUCGCCAAUACCUUCGACGACCUUGAGGGAGAGGCGGUGGCGGCCAUGGAGGCGCUCGGCCUGCCCAAGGUCUAUACCAUCGGCCCGCUCCCGCUGCUCGCGCCGAGCUUAGACAUCAGUAUGAGCCUGUGGAAGCAGCAGGAGGAGUGCCUCCGGUGGCUCGACGACAAGGAGCCCGGCUCGGUCGUGUACGUCAACUUUGGCAGCAUCACCGUCAUGACCAACAAGCAGCUGGUAGAGUUUGCCUGGGGGCUGGUCAAGAGUGGCAAACAUUUCCUUUGGAUCAUCCGUCCCGACCUCGUCAAGGGCGACACUGCAGUGCUCCCCCCAGAAUUUUUGGUCGAGACGGCGGAGCGUGGGCUCGUGGCCUCCUGGUGCCCCCAGCAGCAAGUGCUGAACCACCCGGCUGUGGGCGCGUUCCUGACGCACAGUGGCUGGAACUCAACGAUGGAGAGCAUGUGCGGUGGCGUGCCCAUCAUCAGCUGGCCAUUCUUUGCGGACCAGCAGACCAACUGCCGGUACCAGUGCAACGAAUGGGGAGUCGGCAUGGAGAUCGACACCGACGUCCGGCGCGACGCCGUUGCAAACCUUAUCAUGGAGCUCAUGGAGGGGGAGAAUGGAAAGGUGAUGAAGAAGAAGGCACAUGAGUGGAGGGAGAAAGCGGUCAAGGCGACCAAGCCCGGCGGCUCAUCUCACGACAACUUUGAUGCGCUGAUUCGCGAUGUGCUAGCUCCUAGCCACCAUGGGUGA